GCGGCGCCUGCGCAUCCGCGCGCCCGGCCUGGGCCGCGGGCCCGGCGCGGGCGCCAUGAAGCUGCUGCGGCGCGCGUGGCGGCGGCGGGCGGCGCUGGGCCUGGGCGCGCUGGUGCUGUGCGGGGCGGCGCUGCUCUACCUGGCGCGCUGCGCGUCCGAGCCCGGGGACUCCCGGGCGGCGCCGGGCCGCGGCCCCCAGCCCCCCGCGCCCGCGCGCGCCGCCGCCUUCCUGGCCGUGCUGGUGGCCAGCGCGCCCCGCGCCGCCGAGCGCCGCAGCGUGGUCCGCAGCACGUGGCUGGCGCGGCGCGGGGCCCCGGGCGACGUGUGGGCGCGCUUCGCCGUGGGCACCGCCGGCCUGGGCGCCGAGGAGCGGCGCGCCCUGGAGCGCGAGCAGGCGCGGCACGGGGACCUGCUGCUGCUGCCCGCGCUGCGCGACGCCUACGACAACCUCACGGCCAAGGUGCUGGCCAUGCUGGCCUGGCUGGACGAGCACGUGGCCUUCGAGUUCGUGCUCAAGGCGGACGACGACUCCUUCGCGCGGCUGGACGCGCUGCUGGCGGAGCUGCGCGCCCGCGACCCCGCGCGCCGCCGCCGCCUCUACUGGGGCUUCUUCUCGGGCCGCGGGCGCGUCAAGCCCGGGGGCCGCUGGCGCGAGGCCGCCUGGCAGCUCUGCGACUACUACCUGCCCUACGCGCUGGGCGGCGGCUACGUGCUCUCGGCCGACCUGGUGCGCUACCUGCGCCUCAGCCGCGACUACCUGCGCGCCUGGCACAGCGAGGACGUGUCCUUGGGCGCCUGGCUGGCGCCGGUGGACGUGCAGCGCGAGCACGACCCGCGCUUCGACACCGAGUACCGCUCCCGCGGCUGCAGCAACCAGUACCUGGUGACGCACAAGCAGAGCCUGGAGGACAUGCUGGAGAAGCACGCGACGCUGGCGCGGGAGGGCCGCCUGUGCAAGCGCGAGGUGCAGCUGCGCCUGUCCUACGUCUACGACUGGUCCGCGCCGCCCUCGCAGUGCUGCCAGAGGAGGGAGGGCAUCCCCUGAGCCGCCAACGCCGCCCGGCCCUCUGGGCGCCCGCCUCACCCCGUUGCGCCGGGGGGCGGAUGCCGGGGGGCGCGCCUCGCCUGGGUCCCAGCGCCCCCGUCCCGCGGCCACGCCGGUGGUCGCUGCGUGCGUCUCGACCCGCGUUUGGGAGACCCCCUGGGGGUCGCCGGGACAGCGCGCCGUGUCCGGGGCAGGUGCCCCCCGUUCCUGGACCUCAGCGGGCCUGAGCCCGGCCGGCUGCACCCUGAGCCGCUGACCCCGUGCCGUCCCCGACCGGCGCGCUGGACUCCGUCUUCUGCGUCUCGUCAGUGGCGUUUCUCCCGUGUGCGUCUAAGACAGAGUGGUUUCACUUCGGUUCGCUUUAAUGGUGUUUUGGUCUCUGUCUCUGUCCAGUGACUUCGUGGUAAAUAUAACUCGGUGUUCACUUGUGACUUAUUUACUGUAAGUUUGUGUCGAAGUAAGAUUAAGUUGGCAGCGUGCUGGUCUCGGUAUUUUUUACAUGAUUUAAGGAAAGACUUUUAUGUCAGAACUUGGCGUUUGUGGGUAAUGCGUUUGUACCGCUUGUACCAUCAGCUCCGCGUGUGUUUAAAGAAACGCAGGAGAACUUUAAAACUGGGCAUUUGUCUUUUCGGGUUACACGUCAUUGUUUCUUUCUGAAGAGACUUUCCUUUUAAGGCUUCCCGUGGCCGCAGAGAGCCGGUGCUGCUUUGCCCGAGUCCCAGCAAUCGAACCCUUGGGUGCUCACGAGGCUUCCCAAAUUCUGCCUCAAGAGAACCGGAGCAGCCGGCCCGCGCCUCUCACCACCUUCGUGCGUCCUGGGAAGCCGCCUCAUUGACUGAGAGAAGUGAACACUGUAGUCCUUGCCAAAGUAAAAUAAAGUGGCCCCAGGACAAGGGGUGACCAUGAGCCCCAGAGUCCCACUGGGGUUUUGUGUCUGGAGAAUCUGUGUGGUCCCCGCUGUGGCCUUUGCUGUCCUACUUUGGGGCGGGAUCCAGUCUGGAGCGUUAGGGUCACGGUCAGAGCAGGUUCGGGUUCUUUCUGUUUGCAGGAAGCAGUGGUCUCAAGGAGGAAAGAAUGGGGUGGGGGGUGCUCUGUGCUCAGCGAUGUGCACGGUGAUCCUCCCACCCCAGGAGGCACGGGUCGGACCCCAGAGGCGUCCCUAGGUCAGGCAUAAGAGUUCAAGCUCCAAUGAGCCACGUUGAAUCUGGGACUGACGGCCUGUGUGAGCAGGAUGGGGCCCUCCCCUCCCACGGGGGUCCCACACGAACCCAGGGUCUGCCCAUCACGGGUGUCGAGAUCCCUGCCAGCCAAUGUUACUGGGAUGUCUCCUCUGAAGUUUGGAAUUGCUGAGGACCUCACGGACAGUAGAGAGCGGGAUUUGAACCAAGGGCUGGCCCUCCACACCUCGCCCUGCACUGCCCAGCUCUUCGUGCCUCCCCAGAGUUGCCCCGUGGAACGCACAGUGCAAAUGCCCCAAACCCCCCCAUAGAAGGAGUGUAAAAAUCCCGUUUGCCACCACUUCUGACCUACAAAAAUGGAAAUGUAGUGUUUUUCAACCUAAGACAUUAAAUUUUAAAUCAGAACAAA